UUGUGGUGGUCGCAGGGCAAGACAUUUAGCUAAAGAAUGAUAAGAAGCGAACCCCCGAGAGACAAGGAAAACGGUCCAGGCAUUAAUUUAAGGAAGCUAUACCAUCUCGGUUGCUGGAAGGACCAUGACGCGCCCAACCGCGCACUCCCAGACCUUUUCCACAACCACCGCUCGCAAAUAGUUUGGAGCAAAUGGCCAGACAUGACUUACGUCAUCCAGGCGUGCGCACAACAUGCGAAAGAUAAAGGCUACACAGUGUUCGGCGUCCAGUUCUACGGAGAAUGCUGGGGGGACAAGGUGGAUCCUUAUUGGAAUUACAAAAAGUAUGGACCAGCAAAGAACUGCGUUAACGGCGUGGGAGAACACUGGUCGAACAACGUCUACAGUUUCAAACUACGGAGACUGGCUACCUGACAGGCUUACAAUGACCAGGAAGUCCACGCUAUUAAAGUAACACAAAUGGGCAAGGAAUGGUGAUAUAAAAACAACGAUAACCAUGUAUUCAAAAUCCAAUUAAAAAGAGCAUUUCAAACAA